CAUACAUUUUUCGAUCUAGCUCCCUUGACCGAGGCAGCCUCUUCAUUUCCGGCCUCGCAAGCGAGCCCUAAUUAAUUAUCUUUUUCAAUUUGAUUAUAUAUAUAUAUAUAUAUAUAUUUAUGGCCUCGAGCUCCAUGUCAUCAUCGUCGUGGACAGCUAAGCAAAACAAGCAAUUCGAGGAGGCCUUGGCCAUGUUCGAUAAGGACACGCCGGACAGGUGGCAUAACAUAGCAAGAGAGGUUAGCGGAAAAUCUGCCGAUGAAGUUAAAAGGCAUUACGAAGCCUUGGAAAAGGACAUUAUGAAGAUCGAAAAUGAUCAAGUUCCGAUCCCUAAUUACCGCUCCGUCACUAACGGCCGUGCCGGCUAUGGCAGCCGAGGAUAUUGAAGAAACAUAUAUAUAUAUACAUGUAUAUAUGUGUAUGGCUACCAAAGUGUGACGGCGACGGCGACAACGACGAUGACGACGCACAGUGUGCAUGUGUAUAAUUAAGCUAAUUAAUUAUUAAGGUUGCAACGGCUGCUUGAAGUUAAUUAGGAGAAGUUGUUUGGAAUUGAAGAUGUUCAUCGAUCAUAUAUAUAUAUAUAUCCUCAAUGUCAGUUUGAUUUGUGCAUUAUAAUUAAUUAAGGUUGUUUUAAUUUGGUUGCACUGUUAGAAUUGAAGAAGAGACUAAUGUGUAAGUGUUAUCCAUGAAUUAUAUAUGUCAUUUUAUAAGACGCAUCGUUCAUAUAUAUAGAUAUACAUACACUGA